AUGGAAAGACUCUUUCACAUAGAAGACAUCCUUGCGUACAUAGAAGAGCAGAAGAGAGGGAAUGCAAGUGCCACGCGGCAGCUAUCCAUGUACUACGAGGCAACCCAGAAAAACCUUGAAGCAAAUGAGAAGACGCACUCUCUGUGGGAGGGGUACAUCCAUACACUAGAAAAAAAUGGAUAUGCCCACACUGAAAUAAGAGAGGUCUACAAGAUGCUGAAGAGCAAGUUCUGGAGAUUUUUGCAGUUUUGGCAGGGAUGGUUUAGCUAUGAAAGCCGUCUUCCCAUUGAUCAAAGCAAAAGAGCAAAGGUUCUAGAGCUUGCAAAUGACAUUCUGCAGUACAAAGAAUGUGCAGGAAAAGAGAAGAUCCUGGCAUGGGUUCGAGAAAAGUCAGUUGGAACAGCAAAAGAGAACAACAUGUCAAGGACAAUGUAUAUGUCUCCAGAAACACCGAAAAGCCAUCUAUACAUGGACACAACAGAUGUGGAGGCGCAUAGAAUAGAGUACGGCACCAGGCAGGCAGAGCAUGCAGGUGAAAGAGCAGCGCACAGUAUGGAUAGAGAAGUGCAGAUGGCAGAGCUAGAAAGUAAUUCUAUUUUGGGCGGAAUGCGCAGGUCAUACGCUUUCAGAGAGGCAGCAGGCAUGGAGAGGGAGAGCCCAAGGGAGCAUGCUUUUUCGGGUGUGGAGAACAGUGGUGCAGGAGAAUUUCAAUAUAUGGAGAGAAACAGCAGGCGGGCACAAAAUGGGGGUGGUAUGGAUAGUAAAAAUGCAGUGUACAUAAAAGAAGAGGCAGCUGCCCAUAAAAGAUUUCCUGCCCUCAGGCAAGAACAGUCUUUUGUGCACAGUAAUAUGCUGGAUGGCAGAGACGAGAAACCCCAGGCAUAUUUGCUUGAAGGAGCACCAAACAUGAGUAUGAAUUUGGAGAUAGAGCUAGGAAGAAGUGCAGUGUGCGCAGCGCCAGGCUAUUUUACAGGAAGUGGAGAGAACGAGGCAGUGUUUGUGCCCAGAAGCGAAAGCAUGGGGAAAACAAGCCUCUCCAGCUGGCAGGAGAGCCGAAAGGAGCAGCAGGGGUAUGAGGGUGAGUACAGAGAUGGCAGAGAGGCAGAGAGCAAUAGAGAGAACAGAAAGAAUGGCACAAUCACAGAAGCUGGAGAUGUGUUUGAUUUCAAGAUUGGAACGCGCACUAUGGAAGGACAAGAAACAGAGAUUCUGGAGAACAGCAGAAAUGCAGGAAAUUCAGUGUGCUCUGAAAAGUACUUGAACGCACCAGCUUCAAAAAAAAUCACGCUGAACGGAAAAAAGCUCCGUAUACUGCGUACAAUUGGAAAAGGAGGAAGUGCAAAGGUAUACCAGGUGCUUUCAGAUAAGAAUGAAGUGUUUGCACUGAAAAAGAUACGAAUACUGCAGAACUCAGAAGACAGCGAGGUGUACAAAAGCUAUGCGAAUGAAAUCUCUCUUCUAAAAAGGCUAAAGAGUCGGCAUGAAAUAGUAACACUCAAGGACAGCUACAUAAAUAGGGACAGAAUAGCAAUUCUAAUGGAGUACGGAGAUAUUGACCUGUGCCGGUUCCUGGAAAUAGAAAAGGAAAGAUUUCCUGGGGGGUACAGAAAAAGCAACGAGAACUACACAAUGAUCAGUAUAUGGGAGCAGAUGCUGAGGGCAGUAAAGUGCAUCCAUGAGCAUCGCAUAGUGCACAGGGACCUAAAACCAGGAAACUUUCUAUUUGUGAGUGGAAGGUUAAAGCUAAUUGACUUUGGGAUAUCAAAGGAGAUACGAAACGACACAACAAAUAUAAUCCGGGAGAAACAGAUAGGAACAAUAAACUAUAUGUCGCCAGAGGCGAUAAUAGAAGGGAAGACAAAGAUGGGAAGAAACAGCGACAUAUGGUCUCUUGGAUGCAUUCUCUAUGAAAUGUACUUUGGAGAGUCUCCCUUUAUGCGGUUUAAGAAUCUUGUGCAAAGAAUGCAGAAGCUUUUAGACCCAGAGUAUACGGUAGAGCUGCCAGAGGAGGAGAGUGACGACAAUAAUUACCAAUGCGUGGCAGCGGAAAUAAAGAAGUGUCUGGUGAGAGAGCCCAAGGAAAGAGCCAAGAUUGAUAUGCUGCUAAGAAGCGGUCUUUGCAGUCUGACAUCAAAAGAGACUGUGCCAGCACAGAAAGUAUGUACUUUCAGCAAGCAGGAGCUAAAGGAGUUUAUAUCAAAAAUAAUGGAUCUUAGGCACACUGCAACCACUGAAGAAGGACACGAAAAAAUAAUUGAAAAAAUAACAAGUCUGUAUUUCGAUAGCUAUCAAAACCAAUGA